AUGUCGAUCUACAAUAAACGUCACAACGCCAAAGACCUCUCAGCGGCCUUUCCACUUUGUAUCGCUGGAGAGCCUCGCACUUUAGACCCAGCCUCCGGUACGCAUUCGCUAGCCUUCAGUUUGGACCUUGAUGGAGUUUUCUAUCGUUACGAUGAAAAUCUUCCAGGGGCAGUAGAUGCCAUCAAGUUUCUGAACCACAACAAGAUCCCCUUUACUUUCCUCUCGAAUGGAGGUAAUAUGACCGAAGAGGCGAAAGCCGAGGAGCUCUCUGAGAAAUUCGGUACCAAGGUGGAAACUCGCCAAGUCAUCCUACGCCAUACCCCAUACCGAGCUCUUGUCGAAGAACAUGGCGACAAGAAUGUUCUCAUGGUCGGUGGCCCUGGUCAACUCAUUCGCAAUCUUUCUCUGGAGUAUGGGUUCAAGAAUGUGUACACGACGAGUGAUAUUUAUGUAUCCGACCCCGACAACUAUCCCAUUGCCGAGUUGUCCGCGGCAUACCACAAGGAGAAUGCCAGACAAACAGUCCCCAAAGACAUCCAAUUUUCCGCCGUCAUUUUCUGGGAUAACCCCAAAGACUUCGGACUUGAUCUCCAAAUCGUGAUGGACGUCCUCCUCGCACGAUCUGGAACCUUGAACACGCUUGCCUCCCUCGAGCCUGACAAGGAGAGCAUCCGGCCCCCGAUUUACUGGUGCAACCAGGGCUUGACAUGGCGAGCCUCGAACCCCAUUCAUCGCUUCGCACAACGCAGCUUUAAGGCAGCAACCGAAGGCAUCUGGGCCGAAAGCACCAACGGAAAACCCCUUCGCUCGAGCGAAACCGUCGGUAAACCCUUUGCCUUGAGCUACGACUACUCGGAACAAGUUCUUCUCAAAGCUAUGGCUGCUACCGGUGUCGCCACCCUCGAUCGCGCUUACAGUGUUGGUGACAACCCAGGCAACGAUGUCAGAGGCCCCAAUGAGUAUAAGACUCAAAGCAAGAUUGGCACGCAAUGGAACACGAUUCUUGUAGAAUCUGGCUUCUGGAAUCCUAAGGAUGAGCCUGAGUUCGAGCCGGAUGUGAUCGUUCCUGGGAUCUCUGAGGCCAUUGCUUGGGCGUUGACAGAGUGCGGUCAUACUCUUAUUCCGAUCGGAAAGCCAACAAAUUCAGAUGAUUUAUUAAUUGAUGCUUCUAUUUCAAAAGUUGGAUACAUUCCCAACCCUCGUUUGUCUUUUGGUGUAGACCUCAACAUGGCAGUAGCUACCCUCGACUUAGCAGAUCAAGAUCCCCACCCAGAGGAUAAACGCAACGCCUUUCUCGUCUCAGAUAAAUCCGGCUACAGCAAUUUCGAUGACAUUGUUUAUGAGAACAUCGCACGAGUCUUCGGGAAAAGCAACAUCCCCUUCGACCCAUCCAACCCCCGUUCAUGGCUCAUAAAAUGGAAAGACUCCAUUCGAAGCCCCGCUCCAUCCGCCUACGAAUACAUCGGCGUAUCAACCACCUCUCCUUCUUUGAGAUUCAACCAAGUGGCCUUAGAUGCCGUCUCGGAGGUAUGUGGUGUUCUCACCAGUAACUUCCGACUCAACGUCAACCCUACAUGCGAAAUUGUCGUGCGCGUGGGCAGUAUACAGGGUUUCUCUCGCGAGACACUGGAGAAAUUCUUCAUCACCAUGUUCGCCUUUGAGGCUCAAUUCCAGAAGAUCCAUCCGGGCAAGUUCAGUCCACUACGUCAAUGGGCAGACCAGAUCGAGAAGUCACCCUCGGUGAAGCAGAUAGUAGGGUAUUUUGGCGAAGAUGGCUUCAUACGAAUCCGUCCAGGAGCCACGGAGGCGAGAACAGUUGUGGAAUUCCGUGGGCACAAACCAACUCUGGAUCCGGAAGUUGUCAAUAACUGGAUCAAACUGUGUGUGGGACUCUUGGAGUUUGCUGAUACUGUUGAUAAGGAUGUUCUGCUUGAUCAUCUGAAGAGGGAGGGCAACCAUUCCGCUGAGCGUGAUAUCCGUAGUAUCCUACAUGGAUUGGGCAUGCAACAGCUUGCUGAGUUUUAUGGGAGGGCGCUUUGA